AUGGCUUUUACACCAGAAAACAAACUAAUCUUUGCAGUGGUCUUACUUCUUGGGCUCUGGACUUCUCAUGUCUGGUCACGCUCUCUGUAUGAGGCUUCCAUGAUGGAGAGACAUGAAACAUGGAUGGCUCAGUAUGGACGAGCAUAUAAAGACCAUGUAGAGAAGGAGAGGCGCUUAAACAUAUUCAAGAACAACGUGGAGUUCAUCGAGUCUUUCAACAAGGUUGGGAAAAAGCCUUACAAGCUAAGUGUCAACGAAUUUGCAGAUCUUACGAAUGAGGAAUUCCGGGCCUCGCGCAAUGGAUACAAGAUGUCCGCUCAUUUGAGCUCAUCUAGCACCAAGCCUUUCAGGUAUGAAAAUGUAAGUGCAGUUCCGUCUACCAUGGACUGGAGAAAGAAAGGAGCUGUUACCCCUAUCAAGGACCAAGGUCAAUGCGGCUGUUGCUGGGCAUUUUCUGCUGUGGCUGCGACGGAAGGGAUUACCCAGCUCUCAACUGGAAAGUUGAUAUCUCUUUCCGAGCAAGAACUGGUUGAUUGUGAUACAAGUGGUGAAGACCAAGGUUGUAACGGUGGUCUUAUGGAUGACGCCUUCGAUUUCAUCAUUCAGAACAAAGGCCUUACGACUGAAGCCAAUUACCCCUACCAGGGAGCUGAUGGAGCUUGCAACUCUGGGAAGGCAGCUGCAAAGAUCACUGGUUAUGAAGACGUGCCUGCCAACAGCGAGGCAGCACUAUUGAAGGCAGUAGCCAAUCAGCCAGUCUCAGUUGCUAUUGAUGCUGGUGGAUCUGCCUUCCAAUUCUACUCGAGUGGUGUGUUUACUGGAGAUUGUGGGACUGAUUUAGAUCAUGGUGUGACUGCUGUUGGGUAUGGUAUGAGUGAUGAUGGUACGAAGUACUGGUUAGUCAAGAAUUCCUGGGGAACUAGCUGGGGAGAGAAUGGAUACAUAAGAAUGGAAAGAGAUAUUGAUGCCAAGGAAGGUCUUUGUGGAAUUGCAAUGGGAGCUUCGUACCCUACAGCGUAAUAGCAACAAAUGAUGGUUAUCCUUCAUCUAGAGUUCCCCAGCAGUAUAUUUCCAUUUCUUUUUGUUGAAUGUACGUGCAGUGUUCUCUUUGUUAAUAUGUAAACUGCUGUGUUCCAUGUACGCUUAUAUAAAGGCUUUUGCUUUGUUAAUGAAAUUCGUGGUGAUUGCUUGUUUGUAA